GACGGAGGGGCCAGGCGCCAGGACACGUUACAGAGAUCAUGGAGCUGAAAUGGCUACUGUGUGUGACCCUGCUAGCUCUUGGGACUCUUGCUGUCCAGGCACAUGAUAUGGGUGAUGACAAUGAUGGUGAUGAUGUUGUUGAUGUCGAGGAUGACUUGGAUGAUGGCAUUGAGGAUGUAGAAGAGUCGAAGCCUGACACAAGCACUCCUCCUCCAACUCCAAAGGUCACCUACAGACCCCCAGUCCCAACCGGUGAGGUGUAUUUUGCGGAGUCCUUUGAUAAAGGAACUCUGGAUGGAUGGAUCCUUUCCAGAGCUAAAAAAGAUGAUACAGAUGAUGAGAUUGCUAAAUAUGAUGGUGAAUGGGAAGUCCAAGACAUGAAGGACACUAAGCUUCCAGGAGACAAAGGGCUUGUGUUGGUAACCCGAGCCAAGCAUCAUGCAAUUUCAUCCAAACUUUCAAAGCCUUUUGUAUUUGAUACCAAACCUCUUAUCGUACAGUAUGAAGUAAACUUCCAAAAUGGAAUAGAAUGUGGUGGGGCCUAUGUGAAAUUGCUUUCAAAAACGCCUGAAUUGAACCUGGAUCAGUUCCAUGACAAAACUCCAUAUACAAUCAUGUUUGGGCCUGAUAAAUGUGGAGAGGACUAUAAAUUGCACUUCAUCUUCCGGCACAAAAACCCAAAGACUGGCAAGUAUGAGGAGAAGCACGCAAAGCGUCCAGAUGCAGACCUGAAGACGUACUUUACUGAUAAGAAGACCCAUCUUUAUACUCUAGUCUUGAAUCCUGAUAAUAGUUUUGAAAUACUGGUUGAUCAAACAGUUGUCAACAGUGGGAAUUUGCUAAAUGAUAUGUCUCCUCCUGUGAAUCCACCCCGAGAGAUUGAGGACCCGAAUGACCAGAAGCCUGAGGACUGGGAUGAGAGACCAAAAAUCCCAGACCCAGAUGCUGUUAAACCAGAUGACUGGGAUGAGGAUGCUCCUGCAAAGAUUGCAGAUGAAAAUGCUGUGAAACCAGAGGGCUGGCUGGAUGAUGAGCCAGAAUAUGUAGCGGACCCUGAUGCUGAGAAGCCCGAAGAUUGGGAUGAGGAUAUGGAUGGUGAAUGGGAGGCACCUCAGAUUGCAAAUCCUAAAUGCGAGACAGCCCCUGGCUGUGGUACCUGGCAGCGACCAAUGAUUGACAAUCCAAACUACAAAGGCAAAUGGAAGCCUCCUAUGAUUGAUAAUGUGAACUAUCAGGGUAUAUGGAAACCUAGGAAGAUCCCAAACCCAGAUUUCUUUGAAGAUUUGGAACCUUUCAAGAUGACUCCCUUCACUGCAGUGGGCCUUGAGUUAUGGUCAAUGACUUCCGACAUCUUUUUUGACAACUUUAUAAUCUGUACUGAAAGAGCUGUGGCUGAUGAUUGGGCCAGUGAUGGAUGGGGAUUGAAGAAGGCAGCUGAUGGUGCUGCAGAGCCUGGUGUUGUGGGCCAGAUGAUGGCAGCUGCUGAAGAAAAACGUCCCGGGCUUUGGGUAGUCUACAUCCUCACUGUGGCUUUGCCAGUGUUCCUUGUUGUCCUUUUCUGCUGUUCUGGGAAGAAACAGCCAAGUGCUGCAGAAUACAAGAAGACUGAUACUCCUCAGCCUGAUGUGAUGGAUGAGGAGAAAGAGGAAGAAAAAGAUAAAGGGGACAAGGAAGAGGAGGAGGAGGAAGAAGCAAAUGAGGAAAAGCCAGAAGAGAAGCAGAGAAGUGAUGCUGAUAUAGGAAGUGCUAGUCAAGAGGAGGAGGAAGAGGAGGAGGAGGAAGAAGACAGGAAACCUGCAUCAGAGGAGGAGGAAACUGUGAAUAGAUCACCCAGAAACAGAAAGCCAAGGAAAGAUUGAAGAAAGUCAUAAGAACUUGAUCUGUGACUUUUUUUUUUCCAAACAUGGUUCUGGGAGAGGACCUUGGACACCUUACAUUGAAACUUGGACAAACCUCAAGAUUUCACCAUCCACAGGUUCCAGUCACACUAUCCAAUGUAAUGAAGUGUCUAGCAGUAAAAUAUUUGCAAUCAUGUGUUUCAAAGAACAUCAUUCCUGUAGAAAGAAUGCAUUUAAUAUAAUGGGCUGUGGAUUUUGGAAUGUAACAUAACUAACCUUUUCACUUUUGGUUUUAAAUAUUCUUUUCUGUUUUUAAGUAGACUGGUAGAACUUUCCUCGUCUAAAACCUUGGCUUAAUUUAAUAUAUUAAUUAGUAAAGAAUAACAAUGAAUCUUGAAAGUGUUAGGUGAUAAAAAUGCAGUUUUAUAACUAGUUUUUUUUUUACAAAUAUGUAAAUUCCUAAAUGCACCAAUGUCUUUAUAUCCCUUGAAAUUUGAUAAUUGUUUGAAGAAAAGUUGUCAAUGUAUUUGACAACCCCUCUGCCCUCAAAGGAAAAGCAAACUUGGGGCAUGUAUGGGGUAACCAGUAGUGAAACUCUCUAAUAAAUCCACUUGAUUCUUUUGGGGGGAGGGGAAAGAGGAAGAAGGUGCGGGAGGGGAGUGGGUGGGUUAGUCUGUAGAAUAUGCAUACUGUGCACGGCGAAAGCCAUGUUAAGUGUUGACAAAUGAUUAGGAAUUGGAGUGGGUCAUCCUAAUGUGGCAUUGAAUUCUGCGGACCUUGCAGAUAAUGGAGUUUGUUAGUUCUUCAGCUCUUUUUGUAAAGUUAAUGGGUUGUUAGGGGAUUUGGGGGUGGGUGGACUACUUCCCCCUUUCCCCUCUGUUCAGCCACUGAUGCUUUCCUUUCUCUGUGACUAUACAGCUUUUUCUGAGUGCAGCUUUGCCUCAGUUGCCGAAGCGCUUCACGUUCAGCUCAUCGUCAAACUCUUACUUGUAUAGCUAAGGCCUACUCCUCUCCAGGGUCCAAACACUGGAUAGGACAGUGUCCCAUAUCCUCUCACCGUUGUCACUAUAUGUCCGCUCCUGUAGAAGCGGGGAGGUAGUCAGGUUGACAAGUGAACUGAGUAUUUGUUAAGGAAAAAAGAAAAAAAACCAAACCACCAAGAUGUCAGUAUUGUAGGUGGGGAAGGAGCACGUGGAAUAUCUUAACUGGUAUGUGAAACUGUUUAAGUCUUUCAUCUGCUCUUCAUGUAACAAAUGCAUCCUAAAUUAUAUUGUGAAUGUUAGGGAGUUCCGAUUCCAGCUGAAUAAAUUUUUUUAAAGC